UUAUGUACAUCUUUAUCUAAAGAUGUUCGAUAUUUGCCCAGCUAACUAGACAAAACAUUGUGCGAUUGAUUGCUUUAGUCAGCUAGCUAGGCAUUAUAGCUAACCAGCUGGCUAGCUACUUAGCUGUCAACAGCAGUACAUCACCUACGUUACAGUUAGUUAACGUUAAGCCAGCUAUUAUUUUAUCAUAAGUAAUUCAUAGCCUGUUUAUCAAUGUCGACUCGUGUAAUUUUUCUUAAGUCGUGUCUUGUUGCUCAUGGAAUGUAGCUAGCUAGCUCGCAAACUCUUAUUAUCCGUGGCGUAGGGUUUUCAGCGCUAAGCUUCGCCCACGCAGUAAGUUUGGGUGGCUGCAUAUGAACUACAAUUCCGACGCUGUGUGUUUGACGUUUAGAAACGUCAAUCAUCGCUUGCAAAAUGGUUUUUGAAACACGCUGAUAAGGGGUGGCAUAUCUUUCAUGUCAGCUAGAAAGAUGCAUACAAAAUAGUUACUGUAGCAGUUUUACACAGAUCCAUAAGCUGUGUUCCUCCAGUUGAUGAAUAACUACACUACCCUCCCCACACUACCCACACAGGUGUUCAGAGCAUGCUAAAGAUUAGCACAGGUAGCCAGGUCAUCACUAGUUAAGUCAUAAACCCUGCCUAUUUCUACAAUGUAUCUAAUUAAACAUCUGAUUUUAAACCUAACCUUAACCCCAUUAACAUUAUGCCUAACCAUAAAUUAAGAACAAAAAGCUCAUUUUUAUUUUCAUGAAUUUUUACACUAGCCUAUUUUGACUUUGUAUUUGUGGUAACAGUGACAACCAGAUGGCUGCCUAUUUCUUCAGCCUGUCAUCUGUAAACAAGCAAAGGUAACAUGGAGAUAUUGCCAUGUGGGAACACUAUCAAGACGUGUAGUAAUUUAACCAUUUUGUUUUUUGAAAAUGAUUUAUCUGAUAUGAAAGAUAGGUUCAUUAUGUUUCCAUAACCAUACCGCAAGCAAUGCGUUGAAGCAUUCAGAACGAUCGUCGGGGAUCUUAACAAACCUCCCCUGGCCAGAAAAUACUAUCCUCAAUAGGGUAUAUCAGCUCAUGUUUCGAAAACCAGUUUGAAAGCCAUGAUUAUUUACGUUUCUAACGUUAAUACACAGCGUCGGAAUUGUAGUUCACAUGGAGCCAACGGUGGGCGAAUGUAACCGCUGAAAUCCUACGUGCGAAGGUUUUUCGAAAGCAAACUUUUAGUAUAGAUAGGGUUGCAAAGGGUCGGAAACUUUACUGUAAUUUUCUAGAUUUUUACCGGAAAUUUUCCAUGGGAAGUUAAGCCCGGGAAUUUUGCUUAAAUUCAUCAUAAAAGUUAGCUUAUAACAGUGAACCUUUUUUGUGGGAUACGAUACACAAGGCAAUUCUAGGUCUUGUGGCAUGUUUUGGUUAAACUGUCCCCAAUUAAAUGGAAUUGCAACCCUCUGCAUCUUCCAUCACAUGUUCAGUUGAUUCUCAAGAUCUUGCACAAUAAUGAGAUACUAUUGAGCCCACACUACUACACUGUCUGAGCCAAGGACUACAUGCUUUCUGGUUGUUGUGGACGUUGCUUCUGCCAUGUGUGUUUCUGUGCAUGCUCCUGACCGCCACCCUGGUCGCGCUUGUCAUGGGUGUGCGCGUGUGGCUGCAGGCAAACAGGAACGCACGUCGAGCGCGUGAUGGGCGUCCCACAGUGGCCUUCUUUCACCCGUACUGCAACGCAGGAGGUGGUGGCGAGAGAGUGCUGUGGUGUGCCCUCAGAGCUUUGCAGAAUAGGUACCAAGAUGUCAACUUCAUGGUGUACACGGGCGACCAGGGUGUGACGAACCAGCAGAUUCUUGAUGGCGCCCGGCGGCGCUUCAACAUCCUUUUACCUCGACCCGUCCAGUUUGUCUUCCUCAAACACCGCCUAUUGGUCGAGGCCAGCCUCUUCCCCCACUUCACUCUGAUUGGUCAAAGUGUAGGCUCAAUCUUCCUUGGUUGGGAAGCCCUUACGGAGUUUGUCCCAGAUGUCUACAUCGACUCCAUGGGUUACGCCUUCACUCUGCCUGUGUUUAAAUACCUAGGGGGUUGUCACGUGGCUAGCUACGUGCACUACCCCACCAUCAGCACAGACAUGCUGUCGGUGGUGCGCGAGAGGAACCCCAGGUUCAACAACGCAGACUACAUCUCCAACAACCUGUUCCUGAGCGCGGUCAAGGUUGUCUACUACUGCCUGCUGGCGCUGCUCUAUGGUCUGGCCGGCUCCUGCAGCGACGUGGUCAUGGUCAACUCCAGCUGGACCCUGAACCACAUCCUGACCCUGUGGCGAGCGACCAACCGCACCUGCCUCGUCUACCCGCCCUGCGACACCCACGCCUUCCUCCAGCUCCCGUUGGACGAGGACUCGGACCGGAAGUGCCAUUCCAUCGUUUCCAUUGGUCAGUUUCGACCGGAGAAGGACCAUCGGCUUCAGAUUCGCGCCUUCCGGAAGGUGCUGCAGAAGAAAGAAGCGGGGCUAGUUGCGGGGCCGGGAGGAAGGGAGUCGCUGAGGUUGGUGCUGAUUGGUGGAUGCCGGAACCAAGAGGAUGAGGAUAGGGUGUUGAUGCUGAGAGGGCUGUGCCAGGAGCUGGGCGUGGCGGACAGGGUGGAGUUUAAACUCAACGUGCCGUUUGAGGAGCUGAAGAGGGAGUUGGGGGAAGCUACUGUGGGACUGCACACCAUGUGGAACGAACACUUCGGGAUAGGGGUGGUGGAGUGCAUGGCGGCUGGGACCGUCAUCCUGGCCCACAAGUCUGGAGGCCCCAGGCUGGACAUUGUGGUGCCCUACGAGGGCCGCCAGACGGGCUUCCUGGCCGAGGAUGAGGACGGCUACGCAGACGCCAUUGAGCGGAUCCUGGCCCUGUCACCCUCGGCCCGCCUGGAGAUCCGACGCAACGCCCGCCACUCAGUCACCCGCUUCUCCGACCAGGAGUUCGAGGCCUGCUUCCUGGCCGCCAUGGAGCCUCUCAUGGGGACACUGGAGCGAUGAGGGGUGUGGGUGGAAGUGUGUCACGCUCAUGGAGCGUGUGCAUGCAUACUAGCCAUUCCUUUUAGUUGACAUAGGAUACAGUUUGUGUUAAAAUGCACCAGGAAAUACAUUGACUGAAAUGAAAGAUGUAUUUAUUGACUUGUCAGUCCAGGUGUCCACUCUCUUUCUAGAGGGUCUUAUAUGUUUAGUAUUUGUUUUCAAGACCCAUUACAUUUUUCCAGUGUAUUCGUACUUGAGGCAUAACAUUUUUAGUGCUCGUCUAACGUCCAAGUUCCCCGUCUCGAUUGUCAGCGCAUACGGAGAGCCGGCUGGUAGACUAGAUUAGUGCUUGUCUAGCGUGGACUGGACACAACUGUGAUUUUGAUGGCAUUCCAGAUUGUCUUUUUACAGUCAAACUACAAAUAUCAGAAGAUUGUUAUAAUAAGAUAAUUAGGUGGGUGCUUACAUUUGUAUUAUUUCACAUGUGUGAAUUGGAAAUUGUUUAUCCCACCCAGUCAGGGAUCAGCCAUUAUUGACGGCAACCCUGGAGCGAUUGCCUUGCUCACGGGCACAUCGACAUAUUUUUCACCUAGUUGGCUCGGGAUUUGAACCAGCGACCUCUCAGUUACUGGCCCAACGCUCCUAACCGCUAGGCUACAUAUAGCGUUUAAUGUGGUUUGUGGGAUGUGAAACACAUCUCUAGGCAUUGUGAGAUCUGAUCUCUUGUGUAGUGCGACUACAAUAAAGACUACCUGGAAUGACAGCAGUGUCUGACUGUCUUUGAUGAUGACCAAACUCUGAUCGCUGACAUCAUUGAGAGGACAGUGACGAGCCUGUAGAGAUGAACUUCACAAUCCUGAUGACUGCUGUAAUAAUUAUAUUGUUACUUAACAUUUUAAAUAACUAGAAACACCGUUCUGUAUCCUAAGUAGGAAGUUUUUUUUUUAUAUUAAAACAUUUAUAAAAUA